AUGAACUGCUUAAAAGACAUUCCAAUUCAAGAUAUGAAAAGCCAUGUUGAAGACUGCUGCAGUGAAGUAAGUUCUAAGCAUGAAAAAUGUGGAAGCUCAUUGUCAAAACCUAGCAGUUCCAUUGACCUCACACGUCUAUCAGAGGAAAUUUGGGGUGAACCAGAGGAGUCAGAGAUGAAGGAUGAAAAACUAUGGGAAAAGGACUUAGAACUUAUGUUUCCAAGCUCUUCCAUAGAGUCAAUGAAAAAAGCAAUUGGUAAAGCUAUUUCUCUAAAUGAGGCAGCAGAAUUAUUAUUAGAAGACGCCACACCUAAAGAGGAACAUCCUCAAGAUCCCGUUACUUACGACUCCAUUGAAAGUUUAGUUGCAGAUUUCAGCUCAAGCGUGAACGAUAAUAAAAGUUACACUUUAUGUAUUGACAGAGAGGAACUAUGGAGAGGCGCACUUUCCUUUUAUAAAAAAGCACUUUCAGACAAAACUUUGCCAUUGAAAGAUCUGUCUAUUAUUUUUAAAGGGGAGGAAGGUUUAGAUGCUGGAGCAAUGAAAGUAGAAUACUUUGAGCUUUUACUUACUGAAAUUCACCAAAGGCUUUUGAAGGAUCACAAUCAUCAAAGCUUCCCGUUCGUGAUAGCACUAAAGGUUUUCUACUAA